ACCAAGGUAAAGGUCGAUAUACAGCGCCAAAAUGGCCGAAGGGGCUGCAGCAGUAGCCUGGUCGAUUUCUAAAGACGAUUAUGAGCUCUUGGACGUAAUAGGUGCUGGAGCCACAGCUGUCGUUCAGGCUGCGAUGUGUAAACCUAGACAAGAGAAGGUGGCAAUUAAGAGAAUCAACCUCGAGAAAUGCAACACAACAGUAGAGGAACUCCUGAAGGAGAUUCGGGCUAUGAGUCAGUGCAAGCAUGAGAACGUGGUAGGCUACUACACGUCCUUCGUUGUCAAGGAGGAGCUGUGGGUGGUCAUGAAGCUCUGCAGUGGAGGCUCUAUGCUGGAUGUGAUCAAGGCCCGUAUGAGGACCGGACAGUUCAAGAAUGGCGUCCUUGAUGAGGGAGUCAUAGCUACUGUUCUAAAAGAGGUUCUGAAAGGCUUGGAGUAUUUCCACAACAAUGGGCAGAUACACAGAGACAUCAAGGCUGGGAACAUCCUACUGGGAAGUGAUGGAGCCGUGUACAUCGCAGAUUUUGGCGUGAGUGCGUGGCUCGCUACAGGGAAGGACAUGACCCGGGAUGCUGUGCGGCACACAUUUGUCGGGACGCCAUGUUGGAUGGCACCUGAAGUUAUGGAGCAGGUUACAGGAUACGACUUCAAGGCAGAUAUUUGGAGUUUUGGUGUUACAGCAAUAGAACUGGCAACAGGAACAGCUCCCUACCACAAAUACCCACCAAUGAAGGUGUUGAUGCUGACCCUCCAGAAUGACCCCCCUAGUCUGGACACCGGGCCGGAAGACAAGGAGCAGUACAAGGCCUACAGCAAGGUGUUCCGUAAGAUGAUCAGCGACUGCAUGAAACGAGAGCCGGAGAAAAGGCCAACAGCAAAGCAGUUGUUAAAACAUGAUUUCUUCAAGAAGGCGAAGGACAAGAGUUACAUCACCAAGGUCCUGCUGUCUGAUGGGACAAAUGUGAAACCCCAGAAGGUGAAGAGAGUGCCGGGUUCGAGUGGUCGGCUUCACCGGACACAGGACGGUCAGUGGGAGUGGUCUGAUGAGGAGAUGGACCAGGAGUCAGAGGAGGGUCUAGCAGCUAUCUUGUGUGAAAGGUCUCCCAGAAUACGAAAUGCUCCAGUUGAGCUUGAUGCAGCCAACAAUGUUGGAGGUGCCCCAGCUGGCCCAACCCCCAACACCCUGGCCCCCGGGGGCCCCGUGCCUGAGGCUGCCACAUCCCCCACCCCUGAGACGUCCAACCCAUCUGUAGGUCAGCUAGAGGUCCAGGAACAGAAGCCAGCAGUUAUCUCCCAGUCUAUCAACCUUGUCCUGCGACUAAGGAAUGACAAGAAAGAGCUGAAUGAUAUCAAGUUCGACUUCACCCCAGGGCAAGAUACAUCGGAUAGUGUUUCCAGAGAACUCGUUGAAGCAGGACUUGUGAAUGGCAAGGAUAUGAUCGUGGUGGCAGCAAAUCUUCAGAAGAUCUUGGACAACAAGGAUCAGAGGAACUUGACGUUUGCAUUGAACUCUGGUUGUGGUCAAAACGAGGCUCCGUGUGACAAGGCUUUAAUCGGCUUUGCCCAGCUUACCAUCAACGAUGCAGCAGCCAGUUAACCUUGGCAAGAACCAGGAGAGACAGUAGCCAACUGUGAUAUAGAGGUUACAGCAGGGUCGCGACGUGUUGUUCCCGGUACUCAUCGGUUCACCACUGGAAUCACCUCUCAGACAUCGUCUGGAGACAGGGGGGUUGAAUGAUUGUCUUUCCAACCAAUUAAACAUGUCUACGCUGCAUCAAUAAAUAAAAGCUUUGCAAGAUUU